AUGCACACUGCAGGCGAACCAACUCGAAUUAUAUGGGAAGGUAUCCCACCAUUGACAGGGGCGCUGCUCGAACAGCGCGCCCAAGCCAAAAGCCAAUUUGAUCAAUUCCGACGGGUGCUGAUGCUCGAACCCCGCGGUCACUAUGAUAUGUACGGCGCGAUUCUACGUCCAGAAACAGAGCUGGUCGCUUCCGGAGAAGCUGAUAUUGGAGUCUUGUUCAUGCACAAUGAAGGCUUCUCGACUAUGUGUGGCCAUGCGACGAUCGCGCUGGGGAGGUUCCUUGUUGAUGUUGAUGAGAGUAUUUUCCCGCGUCGGAAGCAGUUGAAAUAUGAUGCCGCUUCUGGUACAACCGCGCUUAACUUGCAUGUUCCUUGUGGUGUUGUUCAAGUUUCUGUUCCGACUUUGGAAUCUGGGAAGUCGGAUCCUUCGAGGCCUGUGUCAUUCAUUUCAGUGCCUUCGUUUGCGACUGCUAUCUCUCUGGAAGUUCCAUUGUCUGAGAAGUACCAGUGGCCGGAGCUGAAAGGAAGAGCGUCUGUUACGGUAGAUUUUGCCUAUGGGGGUGCGUACUAUGGUAUGAUCAGUUCAGAAGAACUAGGAUUCCCUGGUGGCUUGGAUGAUGUCAAACUCCAAGAGAUGGACAUUGCAACCAAAUUGCUGAAGCAAGCGGUGGUCGCCAACCCCGAUCUGGAAUACCUCACUAAAGAUAUCUUGACCGGGAAGCCAGGGUUCUUGUAUGGCAUCAUGAUCACAGAUAGAAACUUGGGACAGGUUGAUGCGUCAGAGGGAUCUGCAGCCUCUCGUGCCCAACUGGACGCAACUAGCGAAGAAACAGGUCUAUAUUUCUUCGCUAAUCAACAGAUUGAUCGUUCUCCGACUGGUGGCUGUGUCGCUGCAAGAGUGGCCCUAGCACGUGCCAAGGGUGCUUUGUCCGUUGGAGAGAAGAGAGUCUAUAAUUCUCUAGUGACUCGAGCGUAUAAUGGCCUUUCUGGUUUUGUUGGGUCUGUGUUUGAUGAGGCCGAGGGAGACAGAGGGCAGCGGAGUGUCAGAGCCCGAGUUGAGGGAUAUGGAUAUUACACCGGGUACCAUUCGUUCGUGGUGGAAAAAGAAGACGGACUUGGUGUGGAUGGGUUUUCUGUCCGCGAUAUCACUUUAUAA